AUGUCUGAUGCCGACACAAAUGAUGCCGUCGAAAAUGAAUAUGUUGAGGAUGGUUCUAAUAAACUAUUAGUAAAAUGCAAAUUUUGUGGUUCUAAAAUUCUAGAACGGAAAUCUGGAAAAUUUGUUACAAAAGAGAUUGAUUUACCACUAAUGGAACAAGAUAAAAGAGCAGAGGCCAAAGUGCAAUAUGAAAAAAUUAAUCAAUUUUUCUUUGUAGAAAACAUGUAUACUUUUGAAAACAUAGGUUUUACACAUACAAUAGAUAAUUGUAAGUAUUUAAGUUGUGCCGAUUGUGAUGCGGGGCCUGUUGGCUACUAUAAUAUGGACACAAAACAUAGUUAUGUAGCAUUGUCUAGAGUUAAACAUGAAUAA